ACCCAAUUCAUUUUGUUUUCUUAGAGAUUGUUCUCACGCCACGGAUUUAUGCAUUUUGCCAAUUUUGCACAGUUUCUUGUUCACCUCUGAUACGCCCAGAAAGCUACAAAAUAAUCUGAAUAUUUCUACAGAUGACAGGACUCUGACUUUUACUAGAAGUUUGACAUUGAAUGAAAACAAGCAGAGUACAAUCUCCUGUGCUAUUCCUGUGCUGCCACCUGCUUGCAUGACUUUUUAAUCUCACAAAUUAAAAUAUUGGAAAUAGACUUUUGAUUAAAAAAAAAAAGCCUUUUACUGCAAAGUGAAUUUCUAUGAACUCUGGUGUUGUUUUCUUAGAACUAUGCUCUUCCUCAUUCUUGUAUUGUCAGCUGCUGGUAACUGCCACACCCACCUCAAAUACCGAUAAACAUGCUGUACAUCUCAAGAUUUUGUUGUAGGUCAUUAGCUUGUAUAAGUUGUGAAAUACAUUCUUAGUGUUUGAAUUUAGAAGAUAUUAUCUGGAUACUUUAUUUUUUCUGAAGCUUUCGCUGAUGGCUUACAGACUGAUCCUGUUUGGGCUCACAGGCGCCCUGCUGAGUGUUGCUAGCGCCCAAAGCCAUCAGUACUACUUUGUGAACACUUUGCUUACAUGGACAGAAGCUCAGAGUGUCUGCAGACGGGACUACACUGAUCUGGCCACCAUUGAAAGCACAGCUGAUGUUGAUAACUUUCUAAAUACCACCUCCAGUUAUACGGGCAAGGCAUGGAUCGGUCUCUACGACGACACAAUGAACAGCUGGAAAUGGUCCCUAAAUGACAGCAGCUUCUAUGGUCCUGGAGAAUAUUCAUUUAGGAACUGGCAACCUGGCCAACCCGACGAUUAUUAUGGACAACAGCAUUGUGUUCAGUUUAAUGGUUCUAGUGUUAACUCACUGGGCCAGUGGGAUGACGCUGGGUGCAUGGAGACAAUGCAAUUUUUGUGCUAUAAUGGUACAGUAGGUGGAUCACCAUCCUAUGUUUUGAGUAGCAUUUCACUAACCUGGACAGAAGCUCAGAAAUUCUGCCGUGAGAAUUAUGUUGAUCUGGCCAGUGUACGAAAUCAGACAGAAAAUGAAAUCAUCAGAACCCUAGUAGGUGCCAGCACUGUUUUCAUUGGACUGUAUCGGGAAAAGCUGUGGUCUGAUGGCAGCGACUCUCUGUUUCGAUACUGGGCGGAUGGCGAACCCAAUGGUCCCUCUGGUGAUCAGUGUGUUGCUGGAUCAUUUAAUGACUCUGGAAGAUGGUCGGAUGAAAGUUGCAGCCUCAGUUUGCCAUUCGUCUGCUACAAACCAAUUCCACCAAAUGCAGAAGGUUUUACAGCUUCAGCACAGGAUGAGAGCAGCAUCACUCUGCAGUGGAACAAGAUCAACAACAGCACCAGCUUUGUUCUCCAGUUUAAUGGUGUGGAGACAUUCAUCAGUGCCCCAGUUGCAGAUGGACCAGUAACCCACACAGUCUCAUCUCUCUCUCCUGCAACAAACUACACAUUCACUCUCUUCUCUGUUCUUGACAACAUCAGGAGCAGUGGCAUCAGCAUUACUGCAGCUACUGCUCCUUGUUCCAGGUGUCAGUGUUGUCCUUCUGGCACAGAGUGCAUCACCACCAAUGGAGUUGCUGAAUGCCUUGACCCCUGUGCCACCUACACUGUACUGAAUGAUGCCUGGCGUUCAACAGAGAAUACAGACUAUUCAGCCUUACACUGUGACUAUUACAUUGACUGGAGUGGUUGGUAUCGCUUUUAUUUGGGUCAGACCAGCGCUCAGAUUCCAGAGAAAUGUGUAGCAGAAAACAGCUGUGGAGCCUAUGGUCCUAUGUGGAUAACUGAGCCUCAUCCAGUCCAGCUUAAUGAAAUCGCAACUCGCACUGUGUGUAACGCCUGGGUGGAUUCCUGCUGCCUUUUUCCCUCACACACCAUCCAGAUCAAACGUUGUUAUGGAUACUACGUCUACAAACUUCAAAGGCCAUCUGCAUGUUGGGUGGCAUAUUGUACAGAACCUCAACCCUUCAGAGUAUCGACACAAGAUGAGAGCAGCAUCACUCUGCAGUGGAACAAGAUCAACAACAACAGCAGCACCAGCUUUAUUCUGCAGUUUAAUGGCACAGAGAUAAACAUCACUGCACCAGAUGGAGAUGGACCAGUGAACUACAAAGUCUCAUCUCUCACUGCUGGAACCAGAUAUAUAUUCACUCUCUUCACUGUGUUUGAAAAUGUGAGAAACGGUGGAGAGCAACUGGGAGCUCUAACUGCUCCUCGAAAUGCAGAAGGAUUUAUGAAGUCGGGACAAACUGACAUCAGCAUCACUCUGCAGUGGAACAAGAUCAACAACAGCACCAGCUUUGUUCUCCUGUUUAAUGGUGUGGAGACAUUCAUCAGUGCCCCAGUUGCAGAUGGACCAGUAAACUACACAGUCUCAUCUCUCUCUCCUGCAACAAACUACACAUUCACUCUCUUCUCUGUUCUUGACAACAUCAGGAGCAGUGGCAUCAACAUUACUGCAGCUACUGGCGCCCUGCUCAGUGUUGCUAGCGCCCAAAGCCAUCAGUACUACUUUGUGAACGCUUUGCUUACAUGGACAGAAGCUCAGAGUGUCUGCAGACGGGACUACACUGAUCUGGCCACCAUUGAAAGCACAGCUGAUGUUGAUGACUUUCUAAGUACCAGCUCAAACUAUACAGGCAAGGCAUGGAUCGGUCUCUACGACGACACAUUAAACAGCUGGACAUGGUCCCUAAAUGACAGCAGCUUCUAUGGUCCUGGAGAAUAUUCAUUUAGGAACUGGGAUAAUGGCCAACCCGACGAUUAUUAUGGACAACAGCAUUGUGUCAGGUUUUCCGGCUCUAGUGUUAACUCACUGGGUCAAUGGGAUGAUGCUGGGUGCAUGGAGACAAUGGAAUUUGUGUGCUAUAAUGGUACAGUAGGUGGAUCACCAUCCUAUGUUUUGAGUAGCAUUUCAUUAACCUGGACAGAAGCUCAGAAAUUCUGCCGUGAGAAUUAUGUCGACCUGGCCAGUGUACGAAAUCAGACAGAAAAUGACAUCAUCAGAACCCUAAUAGGUUCCAGCACUGUUUGGAUUGGACUGUAUCGGGAAAAGCUGUGGUCUGAUAGCAGCGACUCUCUGUUUCGAUACUGGGCGGAUGGCGAACCCAAUAAUCCCUCUGGUGAUCAGUGUGUUGCUGGAUCAUUUAAUGACUCUGGAAGAUGGUCGGAUGAAAGCUGCAGCCUGAGUUUGCCAUUCGUCUGCUACAAACCAAUCCCACCAAAUGCAGAAGGUUUUACAGCUUCAGCACAGGAUGAGAGCAGCAUCACUCUGCAGUGGAACAAGAUCAACAUCAACACCAGCUUUGUUCUCCUGUUUAAUGGUGUGGAGACUUUCAUCAGUGCCCCAGUUGCAGAUGGACCAGUAACCCACACAGUCUCAUCUCUCUCUCCUGCAACAAACUACACAUUCACUCUCUUCUCUGUUCUUGACAACAUCAGGAGCAGUGGCAUCAACAUUACUGCAGCUACUGCUCCUUGUCCCAGCUGUCAGUGUUGUCCUUCUGGCACAGAGUGCAUCACCACCAAUGGAGUUGUUGAAUGCCUUGACCCCUGUGCCACCCACACUGUACUGAAUGAUGCCUGGCGUUCAACAGAGAAUACAGACUUUUCAGCUUUGCACUGUGACCAGUACAUUGCCUGGAGUGGUUGGUAUCGCUUUUAUUUGGGUCAGACCAGCGCUCAGAUUCCAGAGAAAUGCAUAGCAGAAAGAAGAUGUGGAACCGUUGCUCCUUUGUGGAUAACUGAGCCUCAUCCAGUCCAACUUAAUGAAAUCGUAACUCGGACUGUGUGUAACGCCUGGGUGGAUUCCUGCUGCCUUUUUCCCACACACACCAUCCAGAUCAAACGUUGUUAUGGAUACUAUGUCUACAAACUUCAACAGCCGUCUGUAUGUUGGACGGCAUAUUGUACAGAACCUCAACCCUUCAGAGCUCAACCCUUCAGAGUAUCGACACAAGAUGAGAGCAGCAUCACUCUGCAGUGGAACAAGAUCAACAACAGCAGCAGCAGCAGCUUUAUUCUGCAGUUUAACGGCACAGAGAUAAACAUCACUGCACCAGAUGGAGAUGGACCAGUGAACUACACAGUCUCAUCUCUCACUGCUGGAACCAGAUAUAUAUUCACUCUCUUCACUGUGUUUGAAAAUGUGAGAAACAGUGGAGAGCAACUGGGAGCUCUAACUGCUCCUCUGAAUGCAGAAGGAUUUAUGAAGUCAGGACAAACUGACAUCAGCAUCACUCUGCAGUGGAACAAGAUCAACAACAGCACCAGCUUUGUUCUCCUGUUUAAUGGUGUGGAGACUUUCAUCAGUGCCCCAGUUGCAGAUGGACAAGUAAACUACACAGUCUCAUCUCUCACUCCUGCAACAAACUACACAUUCACUCUCUUCUCUGUUCUUGACAACAUCAGGAGCAGUGGCAUCGACAUUAUUGCAGCUACUGGUCCGUGUACCGGCUGUCGGUGUUGUCCUGAUGGCACAGUGUGCAUCACCACCAAUGGAGUUGCUGAAUGCAUUGACGCCUGUGUGAAUUACAAUGUACUGAACGAUGCCUGGCGUUCAACAGAGAACACAGACUAUUCAUGGCACUGUGACCGGGACAUUUACUGGAGUGGUUGGUAUCGCUUUUACUUGGGUCAGACCAGCGCUCAGAUUCCAGAGAAAUGUGUAGCAGAAAGAAGAUGUGGAACUCAUGCUCCUUUGUGGAUAACUGAGCCUCAUCCAGUCCAGCUUAAUGAAACCGUAACUCGCACUGUGUGUAACGCCUUGUAUGGUUCCUGCUGCCAUUUUCCCACACACACCAUCCAGAUCAAACGUUGUUAUGGAUACUACAUCUACAAACUUCAACAACCGUCUACAUGUUGGCUGGCAUAUUGUACAGAACCUCAACCCUUCAGAGUAUCGACACAAGAUGAGAGCAGCAUCACUCUGCAGUGGAACAAGAUCAACAACAACAGCAGCAGCAGCUUUAUUCUGCAGUUUAACGGCACAGAGAUAAACAUCACUGCACCAGAUGGAGAUGGACCAGUGAACUACACAGUCUCAUCUCUCACUGCUGGAACCAGAUACACAUUCACUCUCUUCACUGUGUUUGAAAAUGUGAGAAUCAGUGUAGAGCAACUGACAGCUGUCACAACUCCUCGAAACACAGAAGGAUUUAUAAAGUUAGAUCAAGAUGAGAGCAGCAUCACCCUGCAGUGGAAUAAGAUCAACAACAGCACCAGCUUUGUUCUCCAGUAUGACGGCGUCGAGACAUUCAUCAGUUCACCAGAUGGAGAUGGACCAGUGAACUACACAGUAUCAUCUCUCACUGCUGGAACCAGAUACACAUUCACUCUCUUCUCUGUGUUUGAGAACGUCAGAAGCAGUGGAGUCAGCAUUGCUGUGGUCACUGUUCCUUCAAAUGCACAAAACUUCCGACCAUCGUCAGAAGAUGAGAGCAGCAUCACUCUGCAGUGGAAUAAAAUCAACGACAUCACCAGCUUUGUUCUCCAGUUUAAUGGAUCAGAGACAUUCAUCAGGUCACCAGAUGGAGAUGGACCAGUAACUCACACAGUGUCAUCUCUCACUGCUGGAACCAGAUACACAUUCACUCUAAUUUCUGUGCUUGAAAAUUUGACCAGCAGUGGAAUCAGCAUUGCAGCAGCUACUGCACCUGAAAAUGCAGAAGGAUUGACAGUGUCAGAUCAGGAUGAGAGCAGCAUCACUCUGCAGUGGAACAAAAUCAACAACAGCACCAGCUUUGUUCUCCAGUUUAACGGCAUACAGACAUUCAUCAGUUCACCAGAUGGAGAUGGACCAGUAACUCACACAGUCUCUUUUCUCACUGCUGGAACCAGAUACACAUUCACUCUCUACUCUGUGUUUGAGAACGUCAGAAGCAGUGGAGUACAACUUACUGCUGUCACUGUUCCAGCAAACGCAGAGGGCUUCAGAGCAUCAGAACAAGAUGAGACCAGCAUCACUCUGCGAUGGAAUAAAGUCGGCAUCAACACCAGCUUUGUUCUGCAGUUUAACGGCACAGAGACAAACAUCAGAGCACCAGAUGGAGACGGACCAAUGAAACACACAGUCACAUCUCUGACCGCUCGUACAAACUACACAUUCACCCUGUUCUCUGUGUUUGAAAAUGCCAGAAGCAGUGGAGUCAGCAUACUUUCAGCUACUGGUCCAAAUUAUGUUUUGGGAUUGAAUUUGAAGUUGGAGCUUCUUGGAGAAAUGUCAGAAUCAGAGAUGGAAGAUGCUUUGAUAGAGCUCUUCAGAAAAUAUAAUCUGCCACCACAGUUUACUCUGAAAAUCAUUUCUUCCAAACCUUCUGGAUAAUUCAUCUGUAACGUUGUUUCCUUUCCCUGAAAUAACGUGGUUUGUUACUAAUUUCAAUUGUAAUGUUUUCCAGAAUUGACUUUCUUUUGCGUAAUAUUUUAAUCUCUUUUUGUUGAUUAAGACCUGAGCUAAGGUUUUCUUGUAUUUGCAUGAAUCAUAUGUGUGCAUUCUUCUAUUUUUUGCCUCUAAAUAAAGUUUUGGGGAUCUAUAAAUUG